GAGUGUCCAGCUCUGUCAGAGAGUCACCUGAGAGACGGUGAACAAACUGCAAAGAGGGAGCCAUUUUACUUACUACAGAAAGCUACUUCCUUCUGAAGGGAAACCCAGAGCCUCGAAGGAAUUUCUUCAUUCCCUCAGUUUGAGACAGCCGACAGGACAGGCAGGUCAGAUGUCAACAGUAUGAGCUCCAAGAAUACCAAAUUCAACCUGCAGGAAGAUGGGAGUGAAAUCAGGUCUUCUUCUCCCAGGAGGACAUCUUUCAGGGAUCCAGCAGCGCCUGUGUGGGUUACUCACUCUCCCACACCAGAUCAUCCGAUAGAUCACAGUGAUGGAGACUCUGACUCAACGUCCCAUACUCAAGAAAAUCAGAAAAUCAGCAAAAAAGAGGGUGUGACUAGAAGGCUGAAAUCCUUCAUUCCUGAAUCUUGGGGCGUCUUGAGUCGCAAAUCAAGAAAGCAAAGUCAGCCCGAAAGCAGCAAAACCGUGAUCCCGGAUCUUCCCAAUGGGACCAGAGUGAGCCCCCCAGUAAGCCCCUUGCUGAAGCCCAGAAACUGGGAUGAAUCGUUGGCGUCCUCCAGCCAGAGCUCGCGUAAACCUCUGUUGAGGGAAAGUCCACUUGAUGAUCCAUUUUUCCUCAGCCUACAAGAGGACUCUCUGCUGACCAGCAUCCACCCAACAGAGUACUACGCAGAGAAGCUGGAAGUCUACAACAUGAAAUACUCGUAUUUGAAAUCGUGGCCGGGGUUGCUCAGGCUUCUGGCAGGACUUCAGCUCUUGUUUGGGGGUAUGGUCUUCGCCUGUGUCAUUGCCUACAUUCAGAAAGACAGCGAGUGGUCCAACAGCUACGGACAUUACAGCGGCGCGUUCAACAACGGCUUUGGACCGUCUUCAUACAGCUACGGAGGCCCAAUGACUCCGUUCAUUCUCGCCGUGGCUGGAUUAUCCUGGAUUCUCACCCUGUGUCUCUUGGUGGUAGGGCUGACUAUGUACUAUCGCACCAUCCUCCUCGACUCCCCCUGGUGGCCUUUGACAGAGGCCUUCUUGAACGUAGCGCUCUUCCUCUUAUACAUGGCUGCAGGAAUCGUUUACCUGAACGACUUGAACCGAGGAGGCUUGUGCUACAUGACGAUAGGGGUCAACCCCAUCAUGUCCAAUCUAUGCCGAGUUGACGGGGGCCAAAUGGCGGGAACAGCUUUCAUCUUCAUCAACAUGACUAUGUAUCUUGGCAGCUUCUUGGUGUGCCUGAAGAUGUGGAGGCAUGAAGCUGCUCGUAAGGAGAGGACAGAGAUGAAGGGGGAUUCUCACAAGUCCAUCCCACUCACCUCACAAACAAAACGCAUUUCAUUCCCCAACGAACCAGAUGAAGUUCUGAAGAAAGCAAACAGUUUUCCAAGUGAAUCCUCCUCUGAGGUCCAGAAGAAUUCAGUCAGUCAGAGCGGAGCGGCCAAAUCCAGCUAUGUACCCCGAGUGCAUGUCAUCGCAGACUACAUCCUAAAGUAUCCAGCGAUACGUUGUGUGGAAGAAAGAGACGAGUACAGAGCGGUGUUCAAUGAUCAGUACCAGGAGUACAAGGAGCUUCACUCUGAUAUCACUGCCACCCUCAACAAGUUCAGAGAGCUGGACGCUGUCAUGGAGCAACUCCCCAAACGAGGGAAAAGCCUGGAGGAUCAAGAAAGGAUCAAAAGCAUCUUAAAGAAAUAUCAUGAGAAAAAGAAUGACCCCACUUUUCUUGAGAAAAAGGAGCGCUGCGACUACCUGAAAGCUAAAUUAAGGCACAUUAAAAACCGGAUCCAGACUUUUGACCAGGAAACUGCAGUUAGCAUGGACACACAACAGUCCAGGACAACCAAAAGACAAAAUAAAUGAUUUUUUCCCAUGUUUUUGUAUUUAUACACAUUUGAUGUCUUGUGUUUAUUUUUUUAUUGUUUCAUGUGAAAUACUGAUCAUCUGGAAAAAACAAAAUUAGUUUUCUAAAGAUAAAGACAACGAUUUUUAUUAUGUAUUUCCUUUCAGCCAUUAGUAUUAGGAGUCUGUUUAAUUUCAGUGCUUGUGUCACUGGAGUCUCUUCUGAUGAGUUUUAACAGAUUUAAAAAUUGAUUUAUAAAUAUGGGACAAAAAGUUUUAAUCAAGGACUAAAAAUUUAAUAUUUCUAAAUUUGGGUUUAAAUUUUGUCAUGGAUUGUUGCAAAAACUACAUAAUGGAGCUAAUUUCAGCUCAAACAACAUUAGAAUAAAUCCUGAUUAUAUUUUGUAUUUGAUUUUUUACAGGUGGAUCAAAAGUUUUUGUGUAUAUUUUAAAAUUAAAAAGGCAAAAUCAAUGUAUGGUGUUUGUUUGCUGCUUAUGUAGAUUUUAAGAUAAAACUCUCCUUCAGACAAGGCAAGUAAACGGACUGAAAAGAGAAAGAAAGGCAGCUGAGGGAUAACGCUUGAACAUAACGGAAAUGUAAAAAUAUCAAAUCCUUGGACUGUACAUGAACUUAUUGUUGAAAAUGCCAGAAUCACAAAAGACAAAAAUGUCAAAUUCUAUUUUAAAGAUGUUUCAAAAUAAAAUAAAAUGAGUGAAAACAUCAAAAGUACAAUCAGAGCUUGUAUUGACCAAGUAGUUUCAUUUUAUUACAUUUGGGUCAGAAUAACAUUUAACAGCCUUUUUGGCAAGGAAUAGUGUUUUUUUUUGUUUUUUUUUUAAUAAUUAGCAUACAUUGAGCUACAAUCAAAAGUAAUGACUUUCUUUAAAGGGGAAACACAAGUAAAGCAGAAUUCAGUAAAGGACGCCCUCCAUAUCAACAGGUUGAGGUCAGAGGACCUCCCUAUGAUGCUUUUGAUUAUGAUUAUCAGUGGUAGAUGUAUUUUUUUUAACAUUGAUUUGCUUAUGACAUCAAGGAUUCAAAUUUUGUCAAUAAUGAAUUUUGAAUUCUAGAAAAAACUAAGAAAAAAAGUAUAUUAUUGUUGAUGUUAUAAUUUUUGUGGUGCAAGGGUCAAUCUUGACCCAAUUAAAAAAAAAAAA